AGUGCCGGUGCUAAAAGCAUAACACAGAAGAAAAAAAAAACUGCAUCUCCAUUUUCUUCUUCUUCUUCUUCUUCCGAAGUUCGUUUACCAUUUCCAUGGUGGAUUAGGGUUUCUCUUUCUUUUUCUGUGUUCCUUUCAGUUCUUCAUCUCGAUUUCUUCUUCUCUUCUGUGGAUUUCAUACGCUAUUUCAAUGUGCUACCGGUGUUUCCAAUUUUGCUUACUUGCAGGUUUUAUGUCACAUAGAUGGUGAAAAAAGGGAUGAACCGUUCAUUCUUUGGAUUUGAUUUCACCGGAAGAUUGGUUUGAAUUCCGAAAGUUGGAUUGCGGGUUCGUUGUCUUGAGUUGUGAGUUUAUGGUGUCUGAAAUAUUACAUGUGAAAUGAAUCACACUAGACUUUUGGUUUGAGAUUCCAAUUGUUUAUGCUAUUUCUAUCAUACUGAAUUUAGUGGAGCAAUUUAUUUCUCAUGGGUUCGUUUUCGGGGACUUGUGAAAUUGUUGAAGCGAGAGAAGAGAUAAAUACAUUGAAAGAAUCGGGGGUAUAUCAGUCCAGUUCUGGAUACAGUAUGGCUGAGAAAAAUCUGAAGCUUCCUGCGGUGAAACUGGGAUACAAGUAUAAUCUAGAUGAUGAUAUUAACAAGCUGUUUGAGUCAAUUAAUCUCAAAUCUUCAUCAAGAGAUUUGAGCUAUCUACCAGAUGGAACAAGUCCUAGGAUGAAAAGUGCGUUAAAAAAGCCGAUGAUUGUGGGUAUACCUCGAUCUCCACGAGUUGGGACUUCUGAGCCGGUGACUUUGAAGCAGGCAUUAAGAGACCUAUGUAUAUCUAAGGCAUCAGAAAUGGCUGCUACGAAGAGGUUAUCUAAGUCAGGAGCUUCUCCAAGAAUAUCAGAGGUUGGGAAGAUACAGACAUUGUACAAUUCGGUCGUUGCUGAUGAUGCUAGGAGAUCUGGGCCUUCUAAUGUUGAGAGUAAACGGAGUUCAAAUGAAAUAUCUCUGGUGCUAGAAGAAAGCAAGUCACUUCCCUUGAAUAAAGAAUCUCAGUCUCAUCAAACUUCCAAAAGCACAUUGAGCCGAAAUGCUCCUUCUUCCAAAAUUGCAGUUGCAACCCCACAAAAUGAUAAUGGGGCGUCAUUUAUGCAAAGUGAUUUGGAAUGUUCAUCAAGUAAAGUUGAGGGUUCACUCCAAUCAUCAGAACCUUAUCAAAUUGAAAAUCAAACAUCUGCUUCUUCUUCUAUAUCUUGUUGCAACACCAAUGGAAGUAAAGUAGAGUUGUGUGAAAAAGAUUCCUCCCCUAAGAAAUUGGGAAAUAAAGCAUCUAUGUCGAAGAAUGUACGGAAAGGUAUGUUACAAACUACAUCUUCCUCGUCUACUUCAGUAAAUGGCAGUAGAGUUUGUAAACUUUCGCGCAGCCCCCGAACAGUGAAAUUGGCCAUCAAAAACAAGGAUUCGGGUAAGAAGAAACUAAAACAGGGUUCUGAUUCUGCUUUAUCUGCUCCUCCAUGCAAUGAAACAAAUAAUAAGUCAGUUCCUGCUAGUACAGCUCCACUUGUUUGCGAGAGAUGUUGGUGUGAAAUAGAAAAUACAAAUAUAGAAAACAGCAAAGGUAUUGUAACACCGGGCUCUCUCAGCCCUGCAGAUGGAAUAAACUUGAAGAGUAUGCUCUCUGGGCCAGCUUCAGCUGGUUGUAAUAGCAGCAGAGAAGUUGCAAAAGUGAAAAAAAAUAGCAGAUUGAAAGAGCAGCUUGAAUUCUCACAGAGUUCAAAGAGCAGCCAAGGUGACUACAGUAGUAGUACAAGCACCAGCGACGAGAGUAAUGUUAGUGGUUCUAGUUGCGGCAAUAGACCUCACAUGUCAAAGGAUUAUAGAUGGCAGGCCAUACGGGAUGCUCAAGUUCAGCACAGAGUCUUGGGCUUGAGACACUUCAAUCUUUUGAAGAAACUAGGUUGUGGAGACAUUGGUACUGUAUAUCUUUCUGAACUAAUUGGCCAAAAUUGUUUGUUUGCUAUAAAAGUAAUGGACAAUGAAUUUUUGGCAAGAAGGAAGAAGAUGCCUAGGGCUCAAACUGAAAGGGAAAUUUUGCGAAUGCUGGAUCAUCCUUUUCUUCCAACACUCUAUGCGCAGUUUACAUCAGAAAAUCUGUCAUGUCUAGUUAUGGAGUAUUGUCCUGGAGGAGAUCUUCAUGUUCUACGUCAGAAACAACUUGGCAGAUGUUUUUCAGAGCCAGCAGCAAGGUUUUACGUAGCCGAAGUCCUUCUUGCUUUGGAGUACUUGCACAUGCUAGGAGUUGUUUACCGUGAUUUAAAACCAGAAAACAUUCUUGUUCGAGAAGACGGCCACAUUAUGCUCACAGAUUUUGACCUUUCACUCCGGUGUGAUGUUAGUCCAACACUUCUGAAAUCAUCCUCUGACAAAGAUCCUGCCAAGGUUUCAGGCCCAUAUGCAAAGUCAAGUUGCAUUGAGCCAUUCUGCAUUGAACCAUCUUGUCAAGUUCCAUGCUUCAGUCCUAGAUUCUUACCACCCGCGGCAAAAGCAAGGAAACUAAAAGCUGAUCUUGCUGCACAUAUCAAAUCGUUGCCACAGCUUGUGGCAGAGCCCACCGAUGCAAGAUCAAAUUCAUUUGUUGGUACUCACGAAUACCUAGCGCCCGAGAUCAUCAAAGGAGAAGGACACGGAGCUGCAGUUGAUUGGUGGACAUUUGGUGUUUUUCUUUACGAGCUUUUAUAUGGUAGAACACCCUUCAAAGGUUCUAAUAACGAAGAAACAUUAGCCAAUGUCGUGUUGCAAAAUCUUAGAUUCCCUGAUACCCCAUUUGUUAGUUUCCAAGCGAGGGAUCUUAUCAAAGGGUUGUUAGUUAAAGAGCCGGAAAACCGUUUGGGUACAGAGAAAGGCGCUGCGGAGAUUAAACAACACCCCUUCUUCGAGGGCCUUAAUUGGGCCUUAAUACGUUGCGCUAUCCCACCAGAACUUCCAGACCUUUGUGAAUUCGAGUUGGGAGUUUCAGACAUGAUCGCAGAGUCACAAAGCAAGGGUGGUAAAUAUUUAGAAUGCGCAACAACAGGAGAACAAGUGGAAUUUGAGUUGUUUUAGAGGGCAUUCUUGUGGAUUCCCUCGUAUUCGGGCUCUAUGUUAAACUAGUAGUCAAGUUGCAACAAUUAUGGAAGCGUAUGUUGUAAAUUAUUUUUGAUUUUAGCACAGUAAUAUGUGCUUUAUAAGGUGUAGGAAGUUCAGGUUAUAUGGCAACUUGAUAGUCGCAAUCUGAAAGAAAAUGAAGGCCGAAGCUAAUAACCGAAAA